GAGAAAGCGCACGCCACACGGUGCUUUAUAUACCUUCUAUAUUUGGGAACUCUAAGCGCCGUUUCCUCAGGCUCGCACAAUUGGUCCAGGGAUAAUAUUUAUUAGGUAGGAGGUGCCACUCCUGCUAUCCAAACUCCGUUCAUGACUCUGGAAGUUCACUCGACGGAAAGGCGCACCGACUUUUGACAUCUCUCCCGGAGCAAGUUCAACGGAGCAAGUGAAAAGCAACAUUUUGGACACUUUGACACAUUUGGAAAUGGCCUUAUAUGGGACCAUUUUACCUUCGAUUUCAACAUUCGCGAACCAGAAAGAAAAACUUUGGGAAGAUAGGUGGAAAAGCGAGGUGGAGAAACCACUGAGUGCCAGCUGCGCUCCGCUCAACGUGGCACACAUCAUGGACACAUGUCGUGCCCGUAAAGAUGACGAGGAUUUGAGUACGUUUUUGGAUCUGGAGUUUAUCCUGGCCAACACCACCGGACCUCUCGAAGCAGGUGCCGAGUACGUCUCGCCUGCGGAACCUUGCGCCCUCUACCCCGCGUAUCCAUCAUCAGAGCAGUGCGCGCCGCCGCCACAGUACACCAGCAGCCUCAUGGCAGAGCUUCUGAGAUCCGAGGUGGACAAUUCUUAUGACAUUCAAGGCAGAUUCAUCAUCAACUCGACGGGUUUCUCUAGACAGGACUUUGUUGAUAUCAAAGUCGAGCCUCCCAUGGACGGUUACGGACCCGUGAUGGGCAUGGUGCCCCAAAGUUGCCAAAAAAUCAAGCAAGAGGGCAACAUUUCGUGCAUGAUGUCUUUUGAGCAGCCCAGACCCGCCGUGUCGCCGCAGGCGACAGGGAAUAUGACGCCUCCGUUGAGUCCAGACGACCAUGGCAGCUCCAGGUGUCCGACCCUGCUGCGUCACACCGUGUUCCCGCAGGGUUACCAUCACUCACCGCCAGCAUACCCGCAAAUGCAGCUGCCCUACACUGCGCAGCACCAGUACGGCAUGUACGAGGACGCCAUGGCGAUGCAACCUAACAUGCAAAGGGCGCUUCUAACUCCCCCGUCUUCCCCUCUGGAACUAAUAGAGUCUAAACCCAAGCGAGGAAGACGCACCUGGCAAAGGAAGCGCACGGCGACGCACACCUGCACGUUCGCUGGCUGCAGCAAGACCUACACCAAGAGCUCGCACCUGAAAGCGCAUCACCGAACCCACACCGGUGAGAAGCCUUACCACUGCAACUGGGAAGGAUGCGGAUGGAAGUUCGCACGUUCCGACGAGCUGACGCGUCAUUUCCGCAAACACACCGGACACAGACCGUUCCAGUGCCACAUGUGCGAGCGCGCCUUCUCCAGGUCGGAUCACCUGGCGCUGCAUAUGAAGAGGCACCUGUAAGGACUGGAUCCACAACCACAUAACUGCCUUAUUUAAAGACUUUGUACAACACCAAAUGACAUUGGUCGAUAUAGAAAUAUAUAUUAUGAUCCUUUUGUAACAAAGUAGCUGGUACUACAUGGAUUGCGCAGAGCUCUUUAAUAAAAUGCCAUUUUAAGAGUGUUUUCAGGGGGCAGCAUACUUAAGGGCUGGUCCUGAAUCUGUGUCGAAUGUGGAGACUGUAUUUAUGUUUAAAAGUGCCUUUCAAUGACACAUAUAAGGGUCAAUCUCACCGAAAACAUAUCCGGGACGAUUUGAUUGGGGGGUGAAUGUGACAUGGAGAUAUUCAUGACCGGUUGCGUGAGAUUCACCCACACUGCCUGAUUGGUGCAAAAGGCCUGAUGACUAGCACCUCUCCAAGUCUUCUGAUUUGUGAGUGGGGAAAAUGCGAUGAUGACAAUGUUUUUGUUUUUUUUUUUCCCUCUGGAAACUGCCUUGCGGUCGUGCCACAAUCAGAACCGUGUUCAACUGUGUUUGGUUUGUCCAUGUUGAUGCACUUGAUUUUGUAUUGCAAGCAGCAUUUCUUUCCCAAACGUUUUGUUAAUGAAGGCACAUUAAGUGGUCUGUGCCCCCAUUGUACACUAGCACAGUAUGCACUAGGGCUUGAGGCCCUGGCUUUUUAUGAGUAUGUACAUUCGUUUUAUAUUGCAAGUAUUGUAUUUAUUGUAAAUAUUAAACU